GCUGGACUGGAAUUUUCACCGUUUUCUUCAUAACCAGUCGCAUUUAACCACUUGGGCCCAGUCGAGGUUCAGCUCUCUUCGGUUUCCUUCUUCCCAGGCGAACCAGCUAUGCGUCCAACUCUUCUCCUCCUCUUGAUAUCUUUGAUCGAGUGGUCUCAGGUUCGGAGCCGUGUGAUUUACAACAUGAACCCUGAUCCGCUUCGGAACACCGUGAAUAUCGAUUGUGGAAAGGAAUGCGAUCCGGAUUGGAUCAAAGUACUGAAAAUUCCGACGGAACGGAAACCGGAACCGGAAAAAACGGAAAAGCCGGAGAAGAGGAUGCCGUGCGUUGUGCAGGCUUCGAUUCUCGACCGUCUACAGAUUGGUGGCAAGGCCAACGUCACCUGCGGCAACCUGGCAGUCUACUUAACGACAUCUUACAGGGUUGACAAUUCCGAUGGAUCAGCCGCUCAAGGCUUGAAGGUGGACGAGUCGGGAACCAAGCAGAAAGUUAUGGAAGUAGUCCCAUCGGUCGGUAAUUCAUCCGUUAAAACUUUACUUAUCAAAACGGGAGACGAGAAUGGCUCAGCUUGUCACACCAAAUUGGUCAUCCAUCUGCCAGAGAAUAAAUACCGAUUCGAAAUCUGGCUUAUUUCCAUCGUCCUCAUUUCCUUAUGCGAUUUGAUCGUGGCCUUCCUGUCCAGCUCGAACUUUGUCAAUCCGAUCGUUUGGCGCAUAAAAAGAAAACGGUCAAUUUAUUUGACGAACCAGGCGACGGUCAGAGUUAAAGUGUAAACUGGCACACUUGCAAAGCCCUUUUAUUUAUUUAUUCUUUAUUAUUAUAACAAAUACAUACGUAGACCAAAUUUAUUAAAUACAAACUACUUUUUUUUCAAAAAUAUAUUUGUAAAAACCUUUUUAUGCUUUUUGUAUGUUAUUUUACUGGUAUUUAUUUACUAGUGCGAUUUGUGUA